AUGGUGUUCGACGUUGGGCCAUUCGAAUUCAAUCAAGUGAAAGGUCUAGACUGCAAUUGGAGUAAUGGUUCGCAAGUUAAAUUGGCGGAAUUAAGGUUUGAUAGGAUAGAAACGGACGAGACUUCGGCAGCUUUUGGAAAAAGAACGGAUUUCCUACGGACGAAAACGGAGGACAGAAGGUUGCGCGAAGCAGCAGCCGUACAACGAAGGAAACCGAGUUCACUGCCCCGCUGUUGUGUUUCAGCAAUCCUACCCGGCUUGCCGGUGAUGGGGAAUCCCGGAACGCUCAGCAACCCUCGACCGAAGAAGAAUAUCAUACCCUCCUGGACCAGACCCUUGGGACAGAGAUUAGAACGACUCCAACUUCAGGCAGACCCCGCCAGUGCAUCGGAUUCAAGGGGGGAAAUGGACCUGCUAAUCGGAAACCUCAACCCAAAUGGAGACGAUCCAAACCCAAAUCUAAUCCCAAACCUCAACCGUAACGGAGGCAAUUCAAAUCCUAACGAAGGCAAUCCAAACCCAAAUCCAAAUCUGCAUCCUAAUCCUAAUCCAAACCCGGAACCGAACCAGGAAAUCCCAAGUGGAGAAAUGAGGCAAGUCACGCAAGCUAUUCAGUGUCUGGGCGAAUGUACUGACAACCAAAUCGCCCAACUCAUGAUGAUGAUAACCGGGGUUGCCCGACGACUUCUAAAUCCAAAUCCUAACGCAAAUCCAAACCUUAAUCCAAACCCAAACCCUAAUCCGAAUCCGAAUCUAAUCCCAAUGCCAAACCCAAACCCUAAUCUAAACCUGAAUCCUAACCCGAAGCAGCCGAUCCUCGAAGUGGAAGCCCCGCAGAAUACCGAGAUGGCAGUGGUCUUGGCAAAGAUCACCCAGUUAGAACAAUCUGUUGCGAGAAACAAGAAGAUUGCCUCGACAGGUUUUGACAUCAACAAGCUUUGCCUUUUUCUUAAUGCAAAGCUCCUGGAGAAAUUUAGACCAAUCGACUUUGCUAAAUUCGACGGGACUGGGGAUCCGAAAGCACAUUUGACUGGGUACAUCGGAGCACUGUCUAUGUGGGGAGUAGAAAGGGACGCCAUGGCCUAG